GUAUACAAACUCUUGUUGGAGCAGAAGCAAUCAAAAUGCUCCACUAUUUUAGUCUAAAGGAAAAACGAGAAGAAUAUAUUUUCUUUAGCUAAAGGAUAAUCGACAAGAAGAUGAGACGACAAAGCGAAGAAGCAAAGAAAAGGAACAGAUACGCUUCUACGCCAACGAAAACCCGACCAGAGAGCCCAUCUGGCUCAAUCCGUCCUCGCCGGGUUUCUCCUCCGCCGGCGACGGGAUCUCUCGUCGACCGCGACUCCGUAACCUCAGAACUGUCUUUGUUCGACGACCUCCAAAUUUCCUCCGAAUUCCAAUCUCCUAACCCGAGAAGCUUCCCGUACAGCGUGAAGCAGCAAUGCUGGGAAAAAGCUGAGAAGAUCAAGGGCCGUGAUCCGGACCGUUGGCGUCGAGAUGCUUUAGGUAACAUUGUCUUCCGGAAGCUGGUGGGCUGCCCUGGUUGUCUCUGCCAUGACUAUGACCAUAUCAUUCCUUACUCCAAGGGAGGAAAGAGCACGUUGGAAAACUGUCAGGUUUUACAGGCCAGGGUGAAUAGAUCAAAGGGAAACCGAACAGAACUAUCUAAAGCCGAACUAAUUCAGAAAAGUUCUUACUGCAGGGUUUCCGGUCGAGACAUGGACCUUCUCGAACUGACAUCAUUUGGCAAUGUCCAUCAUGGGCAAGGUUCUGAUGGCGGAUGUAGCCUUCAAUAGCCAUCAUGGGCAACAUUCAACUGUUUAACCUAAUUGAGUGAAAAUUGAGGAUGUUGGAGGAGCCUAUGGUUUGCAAGACAGUCGGACAAAGUGAGGUGCAGCAAGCUGAAUCCUAAUACUUUAUGGCAUGCGUCAUUCUAUUUGGGCUUUGGCUUGUGUUUGAGAUACGAGUCUCAUUGUUUGUAAAAUGCUGUUUACUAAAUGUACUUUUUGGGUUUCCAAUUUUUAAAAUACUCCAAGCACCCCAACACUGGAUUAUACGAAUCAUAUGAUUGGCAACUGUUCACAUUGAUUGAUAAAAACUAUUGAUACCAAAUCAUACCAUUUGUGAUUUUCCGUUUAUGGUAAUCUAUGUUGCACGG